AUGAGCGCAUCAGCUUCGAGGUGUUCCUGCCCAUCAUGCAGACCAUCUCCCGUCAGCGCCCAGUCGACACCGCAGAUGACUUCAUCGAGGGCCUGCGUCACUUCGACAAGGAUGGCAAUGGCUACAUCUCCUCUGCUGAGCUCCGCCAUCUCAUGACUCACCUCGGUGAGAAGCUGACAGACGAGGAAGUGGAACAGCUCCUCGCUGGCCAGGAGGACUCCCAAGGGAACGUCAACUACGAGGAGUUUGUGCGCAUGGUCCUCAGUGCUUGAAGUUCUUCCUAGAAGUGGAGUCGUCUUUUCAUAAGAGGCCGUCGCACAUGCAUUUUUCUAUUUAUGGUUAAAUUAUGUAAGGAGAACUCUUGGAAUUUAAAAAAAUGAAGAGAGUUCCAUUGCCAAAAAAUGAAGAAAUAUAUGAUGUGAGAGUUUUGUGAAGAUAUUUGAAUGUAUUUUAUAGGUAAUGAACUUUUCAUACUCUUUGGGAUGAAUAUGCGUUUAGUACCCAGUGAUUUCUUCGUAGAAUGCGGCUGAAGCAGUUCUUGUGAUUUUGUAUCGAUUAGGAUGUUAUUCAUAACUAGUAAUUUCUCAGAAUUUAUAGUCUUGUCUUUGUCUAUCUGUUUUUUUGGUUAUAUCUGUACUUAAAGUGUCAUAGGUAUAGCUUUUUAUGCAUACUAACACAAUUGGAGAAAUGAAAGUUUUUUUUUAAUUCAUGAAAAAGAAGCUUGUGAUAUGAUUACCUCUUGUCAAAAUCCUGCAAUCCCUGAUUUUUAUUUAUUUAUUUUUUAUUGUUUUAAUAAUACUACAUUAGUUAUUAACAUUCCAGGUCUGAAAAAGAGGUGAUAUAGGUGCCUGAAAAUUGUUGAAAUAUAUUAAAGUUUGUAUGAGCUUC